UGAUAAACGAUAACAGGAAUAAUAGGCAAGUACGUUUAUAACUCUCCAAUUUUAGAGCAUUUCUUGUGAAUUUGAUAAGAAAUACAAAUUUAAAACUAUCUCGUUUUUUAGAUUUGAUUGAUACACUUUCGCACGAAUUUAAAAAAAAAAUUGCUAAAAAUAUACAAAUCUAAAAUCUCAACAAUUACGAAAAUUUUAAUUUUCUUCCCUCACUCAUAGAAAGACACGUUUUUGUAGGAUAACUUGAUGAAUUAAAUUGUUUGGAAAAAAAAUUAGCUUAAAAGAGUGAUUUAUUUUUUUUUUAUCUCGCUCUUAUUUUAAAUAGAUUAGAAAGUUCAAUGAGUAAAAAAACGAGUUUUUUUACAUCGAUGACGCCCGGUUCUCUCAGAGAACUAAAAAAAAAAAUUUAUUUAGUGUAAGGCCCGGUCAGGAUUAUGCAAUAAUUACGCCUUACGUCUGGCUGGGUGAGAAAUUUUUUUACUCUUGCACACGCUUUAAGCAAAAACGAUUUGCGUUUUCUUAUCUUGCAAAACGUGCUCUCCUUGCGCUGUUGCGCGGCUCGUAGCAUUUAUUUCUCAGAGUUAUGAAAAAUCAGUAAAAGUGUCAGUUUGAACUGAUUGUGCGUUGGAAAGACGAUUGUGCUAGAGGCAUUUUUCUAUUUUUUAAAUUUGACCUCGCGGCGUUAAAACCAAACAGCACUAAAUUUUUGUAGUAUAGUUUUUCAUUUGCCGAAAAGGAGCCUUUCAGCACGUCAUUUUUGUUAUUAAUUUAGCAAAAUGAGGUUUACCCCUUUGAGCGCACUUCUUACCUUGCUGCUCCUUUUUUGUGCCGAUCGCUGUGGGGCGGCACGAAUCCUCGGCCUCUUCGCCACCCCCGCCAAGAGCCACAGCCGCGUUUUUGAGGCGCUCUUCCAAGAACUGGCGGUCAGAGGCCACCAGGUGACCUUUGGCAGUCCUUUCGGCCUGCAGUGGCCGUCCAACCUCAACGCGUCGUCGAAGGGAAAAAUCGACUACGUGCACCUGGACGAUCAAGGCGUUCUGGGCUCCAUAAUGGGCAACGUUGUUGGCCCGAAACGCAAACCCCUGUCCGAGAGUCUCUGGCUUUGGACCAUCGCGCCUGACCUUUGCAGAAACGAACUCAACUCGCCCGGCCUCAAACCGAUCAUCGAGGCCGGCAAGAAUAAAACCAUUUCUUUUGAUCUUGUGAUUGUCGAGUCAUUCUUCUUUGACUGUUUCGUGCCUGUGGCGAGACUUUUUGAAGCGCCGCUUGUGCUUUUCACGUCGCAAUGGGCGCCGCAGUGGGCCCACCAGGCCAUGGGCAAUCCCGACUCUUGGGCCACCUCCCCGAACAUGUUUCUGCCAUACACUCAUAAGAUGAGUUUCUUUGAGCGAAUGCACAAUGUGAUGCAUUCGGCGACGGCAUUAUUGGCUCGGAAAUACCUCGAGCUCCCUCGACAGGACAAAGUCGUCAAAGAGAUUUUUGGAGGAGAUUUUCCAACUCUGGCCAAUAUGGAGAAAGAAGCUGCCCUUAUGCUGAUCAAUUCUCACCCCAUCACAAAUUCACCCCAUGCAAACUUGCCAAAUGUCGUUGAAGUGGGUGGCAUUCACAUCAAGCCGGCAAAAUCCUUGGAUAAAGAUCUUCAAAAAUUCUUUGACGAUUCCCCAAAAGGAGUGAUUUUGUUCAGUCUCGGUUCGCUCAUCACGAAAGACACAAUGGACCCUGAGCGGCUGACCACGUUGACCACGGCAAUGGGCGCCAUCGACUACCCCAUUCUCUGGCGGUGGGACACGGAGGACGUGCCAAAUCUGCCCAAAAACGUCAAAAUCGUUUCCUGGCUCCCUCAGAGAGACGUUUUAGCUCAAAAAAAUUUGCGCCUCUUCGUCACCCACGGCGGUCUUUUGAGCACCCAAGAGGCAACCUACGAAGGGGUGCCGCGACUUGUGAUGCCAUUUUUCGGCGACCAGCAAAGCAACGCUCAGAAAGUGGUCCAGCUCGGAGUUGGUCUGUCCCUCAACUACUAUUCAGCGAGCGCCGAAGAAUUAGUCAAGAGCGUAAACAAAAUUAUGAAUGAUAAAAGUUUUUCCGAGCGGGCAAAGCAGCUCUCGACUGCGUUCAGGGACCAAUUAAAUUCUCCCCUCGAGAGGGCAGUUUUCUGGACCGAGCACGUGAUUAAGCAGAAAGGCGCUCAAUAUCUGAGAACGACCAGCAUUGAUCUGAAUUGGCUCCAGGACACGUGCCUCGAUGUGAUAUUAGCUUUGAUUUUAAGUGCAGCUGUGGUUUCCAUAAUUGCAACGAAAUUAAUGAAAAAAUUUCUGAAUCAUUUUUCAAGAAAAGUGAAAAGUGACUGAUUAUGAUUAUUUUAGUAAUAUAAGACUAGAUCGAUCUAAUGUACAAUUAAUUUUGGCCUCUUGGUAAGUAAGCUAAUAAAAAUUUAUUUUAUAAAAAUUAAAAAGUGAUGGCAAAGAA